AUGCUUAUAGAUGAGGAUGAUGAUAAUGAUGAUAAUGAUAGCGAUUCAGAUGGAAACGAUUGGACUGAAAGCGAUGUAGAUACUUACAUAAGUGAUGAAGCAGUACCAUUAGAUGAUGAACUUAUACACGUAUAUGACCUUGCUGAUCAUUGGGGAGAAGAUAAUAAUAUGGGCCCCAAUGAAUUUUCACAAGAACUGAUCGAUGAUACUGAGAGACAAAAUGCUCAAUAUAAUUUGGUUGAUAGGAGUAGAAGUGUGAGCGGUUCAGGAAUGGAUCAAGCAAGGUCAAUUGAUGACGCAGAAGAAGGCAUUGAUGAUGAUGAUAAUAUCAUGGAUUGGACAACUACUUCAGAUGUGAUCUUUAUAAUUGAAAUUAUUUUCCAUAUUUAG